GAGUCGAGCGAAAGCCGCCGCAGCAGCCCUCUGGCUCUUUGUCCCCCGAUCCGAUCCCCGUUCCAUCUCCGAUCUCUCCUCGCUUCGCGUUUUUCUCUCAUCUUCUCUUCUUCUCUUCUUCUCUGUUCUAGGGUACCCGGGAGGGGUUGAUGCCGCGAUCUUGGCUUCACCUCUGUGCGAUACAGCUCGGAUCGGGACAGCGGCUAGGUAUUUAUAUUGUCUUUGUUGUUCAUCGAUUUGUUCCCCGCCUUUUGUGAAUGUGAUUGGAUCUCGGUGUUUCUGCGAAUUAAAGGCUUGGGAUUGUUGCGAUUGUGUUUUGUAUUCCACUAGGGGUGGAUGGAGGGUUCCCGGGAGAAUUGGAGGAAGGAGGGAGAGGAAGAGAUGGUGUGUACGGGAACGGAAACUUCUGGAAGCGGAAGGUGGGAUUGUGAUGGCAUCGCUGGUGGUGGUGGUGGUGGUGGUGGUGAUGUUGAUGGUGGUUUGAUUGGCGCUUAUGUUGAGAGGAAUAGUUUUGGGGUGGGGAGGGUUCUUUUGGGGAAGGUUGUUUCCUAUGAUGGGACGAGUAGGCUGUACCGGGUUAUAUUCGAGGAUGGGCAUAUGGAGGAUUUGGAACGGGAACUGGUGUGCGGAAUGUUAAUGUUGGACAAGGGAGUUGGGAGGCUUACUCGGAGGAAGAGGAGGCUAGACCGGAUAGUUCCUUUGGGUGGCUUGAACAGGCGAAGCACGAGGUCUAGGAAGGAUACGUCUGAUGUGCCUGCUUCAAUUGGCCAGGUGAGCUCAGAAGAUGUAUUUAGGGAUGCGGACUCAUCCAGUGAUUCUUGUGACCAUGCUGGGGUUUCUGCUGCUGCUCCGAGUUCUACUUCUGUGGAAGCACAUAUCUUGCCUCUGGAACUGCCUCCAUCUUCAGGCGACAUUGCUGUUUUAGAGGGCUCAGUUUCACAUCUGUUCUCCACUUACAAUUUUUUGAGGUCAUUUAGUCUCCAGUUAUUUCUUAGUCCAUUUGGGUUUGACGAUUACGUGGGAUCCCUGAACUGUACUGUUCAAAACUCUUUGAUGGAUUCAAUCCAUUUGUCUCUCAUGCGAGCUUUAGGUCGCCAUCUCCAGAUGGUUUCUUCAGAAGGCCCAAACCUGGCUUCGAAAUGCUUAAGAUUAUAUGAUUGGACAUUGCUUGAUAUGUUGACCUGGCCUUCUUUCGUAGUUGAGUAUCUCUAUGUUAUGGGAUACGUGACAGAAUUUGAUUCAAAGGAGUUCAUUGAUAGUGUUCUUCAUGGUGAAUACUACUGCCUAACUGUGGCUACAAAGCUGAAGGUAUUGCAAUUAUUGUGUGAUGAUGUCAUAAAUAGCGGGGAACUUCGAACAGAACUUGGAAUGCGUGUAGGCGUGGAAGAGGAUAAUGAAGAAGGUUUAGAUGAAGAUGUGCCAACAAGUUUACGUUUUAAAACCUCUAAGAACUCAAGUUGGAAGGAUUCGGUGGUUUUACGGGAAUCUCUUGUGCUUGAAAACCAGCAUGUUAAUACUGAUGUUUCUGAACUAGGUGUUGAUGGAUCUGCUAAUUCUCAGGAUAAGAACAGUGACGAAUGCUGUCUUUGUGGAAUGGACGGGACCUUGAUUUGUUGUGAUGGGUGUCCUUCAGCAUAUCAUUCUAGAUGCAUUGGGCUGAAUAAAGCAUUUCUGCCUGAAGGUCUGUGGUUUUGUCCAGAAUGCAGUAUUAACAAGCUUGGGGCCACUUCGUCUCGGAUAGGAAAGGGAGCAAGAGGAGCAGAGGUAUUUGGCGCUGAUUCAUAUGGUCGCAUGUUUGUGGGGACUUGCAAUUACUUGCUUGUACUUGGCACAUCAUUGAAUGAAGAUUCAUUUUCUAGAUAUUAUAACCAGGAUGACAUCCCAAAGGUUUUAAGUGUAAUUUCUACAACUCAAGCAAAUGCCUUAGAUUAUGUUGAUAUCAGCAUAGGCAUAGCUGAAUAUUUUGAGGUUCCAAUGGGCUUUUUAAGUGCUGAAAGAGUAGAUUAUUCGGGGGAUACUCCGGCCAACAAAGAUGAUACUGUCUGUUAUUCAAACACUUUACCAAGGACGAUGAAGACUUUGAAUAAUUCGGGAGAAAAUAGUGUGAGCAAUAUAAUGGCACAAAAAUUGAAGCAUAGUGUUGCCAAGAAUGAUGUGACUGAUGAUCCAACUUCUCCUUCUGUCGUAGGUCAGGUUGAUAUUUCAGGCGCACUAAUAACUCUCAUGGAAAGCCAUGAUGUAUGUGCCAAUAAGUUACUUACAACUCCUGAUGAGAUCUUGGUUUUCUCAAAUAAUGAAAAUCCCACAAAUGGCAUUGUUCUUCGUACAGAUCCUAAAGUUCUCAUCUCCAAACCAAUUGAGAGAAGGGAAAAGCCUGGCUUUGGUUCUGUAGUGACAGAUCUUUCUUACUCAAACCCUGCAAUGCCUACUGAAAAAUCAAAUAUAGUCAGCAAUUUUGCUUUUAGUUCCGGAAAUGGGAGUGACAUUUGCAAGGAAGAUGCAUAUAGUUCUAUUUAUUCAACAAAGAACGGUUCAGCUGGAAUGUGUUAUGAAAGCAGACAUAAAAAUUCAAAUGAUAGAGCCUCAGCUGUUCCUGUUUCUUUCAAGCCUUUGUCAUACAUAAAUCAGUAUAUUCAAGGUGACAUAGCUGCAUCUGCUGCAGCUACUUUGGCUGUUCUCUUAAUGAAUGACAGUAAAGUUGCCGGUGUAAAUGGUUCCUCCAACCAGAGGAAAUUUGUAGCUGCAACUAUUGCAGUGCAAAUGAAAGCAUUUUCUGUAGCUGUUAUGAACUUUCUGUGGCCAUGUGCUGGGGAAAGAUGUGGUUGGUGCAUAGCAUGUAAAGGCCCAACAACUAACAAGAAGGGAUGCCUGUUAAAUUUAGCUGCAUCAAAUGCCAUUAAAGGGCCUACUAGAAAUGGUAACCUUCGUGCAAGCAAGCACCAUGAAAGUCAUCUACCAGUCAUUGCUGCCCAUUUGCUGAUCAUGGAGGAAAGUUUGCGAGGGUUAAUGGUUGGCCCAUUUUUAGAUGAAUGCAGCAAUCAAUGGCGUAUGCAAGUUAGAGAAGCCAGUAGUUGCAGCUUCUUGAAGUCGCUGAUACUUCAACUUGAAGAGAAUAUUCGUGGGAUUGCCUUUUCAGGAGGAUGGACUAAGUUUAUGGAUGAUAUGAUUGAAAUGCCCAAAUCAUCGAGUGGGCUUUGCCGAAUCGGAGGAAAUAAAAAACGUGGAAGUGGUAUAAAACGAGGCAGAAGGCAAGCGGAACUUCCGAUUGCAUCUUCUGAUGAUACGUGUGAUUAUUUGCAGUGGUGGCGAGGAGGGGAGCUUUCAAAAGCCAUAUUUCAAACUGCCAAAAUUCCUAGUUCACUUGCUAAGAAAGCAGCUCGGCAGGCUGGCAGAAGAAGAAUUCCUGGCAUCUCAUACCAUGAAUGCUCUGCUUAUCGUCGAAGAAGUCGGCAGGUUGCAUGGAGAGCUGCUGUAGAGUCAAGUAAAUGUACAUCACAACUUGCUCUUCAGGUCAGGUAUCUUGAUGCUCAUAUACGUUGGAAGGAAUUUUCUCGUCCGGAGCAGAUUCCAAUUGAUAUCAAAGGGUCUGAAAAUGAUAUCAUCGUUUUCAGAAACACAUCUAUAUCUGAUAAAAAGAUUGUGGAAGAUAAAAUACUGUAUGCACUCAAUUUUGGUGAUCAAAAGCAUAUUCCUUCACGCAUAGCAAAGACUGUUGUGGAAUCUGAAAAAGCUCAGGGUGGAAAUGAGAAAUUGUGGUUCUCUGAAUGUCAUCUUCCUUUAUACUUGAUAAAAGAGUAUGAGGAAAAGGUUGGCAAAUGCCAAGUACUUCUUGCUGUGUCCUCGGCACACAAUAUGGCAAUAUUCUAUAGAAGAGCACUGAAACCUUACUGGGGAGAUGUUUUCACAUACCUUACAUGCAGAAGUGAGAAUCCAGUGAAGUGUUCAUUUUGUCAAAAAGCUGUUUUUUUGAGGUAUGCUGUCAAGUGUAAGGCUUGCGAAGAUUAUUGUCACCUGCACUGUUCAGUGGCUUCAGUUGCGAAAAAGGACGAUGAUCCUAUGUUUUCUAAAAUGUGCAAGUCAUGUUAUUCUGCUAUUGGGCCCACACAUGAGAGUUCUUGGAGGACUUGUAGUAUGAAAUCUUCUUUGCUGGGAAACUAUCAGCAACUGGCAAUGCCUCUCACGAAUGGCAUUAUCCAGACCAGGGCGGUCACCUCACUCUCAGUUAGUAAGAUGGAAGUUAAUUCAGAUUCAAGGUCUUCCAAUCAUACUCCUAACUCAAAAAGCAAAACUAAACGAAAAGGGGGAACAUGGCUUACACAUGGUAUUGUAUGGAAGAGGAAGAAGCAUGGUCCUGAGGGAGGCAAAGAGUUCAGGAUGGAAAAUAUUUUACUAAAAGUUAAAGAAGGUUCAUAUUCAUCAAAAAGUCCAAUCUGUUGUUUAUGCAAAAUGCCAUACAAUUCAAACCUGAUGUAUGUGUGCUGUGGAACAUGCAAAAAUUGGUGUCAUGCAGAUGCUGUGCUCCUUGAUGAAUCUAAAGUCCUUGAUGUUGUUGGGUUCAAGUGUUGCAAGUGUCGAAGGAAGUCUUCACCUAAAUGUCCAUAUUCAGAAAUCGGCUACAUAAAAUUAGAGGAGCAACUGAAACAUGAUAGUGCAGCAGAAAUUGGUGUGACUAAAUCUGGCUCUCCAUCAACAUCCAUAUCCAAUUCUGAAACUGACAAUUUUGGUGUGGUAGAAUUUGAUCCUUCCCUCCAUUCUAUUGAAAAAGUUGAGCCACUUGACGAGACAAAUCUUGAGAUGGAACAUAAAUUUGAUGCAUCCAUAGAAACAUUAAAAGACCAGCAAAAGGUGUUUAUAAAAUCUCAGGUUAAGCUGGAGGAUUUUGAUGAAUGGUAUGCAGGUCAAAUUGGAUUCUCAAUGCAUGAAACUUCUCAAAGCCUGCAGAAUAUUCCAGCACAAAACACCAUGAGUGAUUCAUGGAACAUUCCUGGCUCAUCAGAAUGGGAUAGCAUUGAAAUAUAUGGACGUGGCAACAUAGAUUUCAAGAAUGAAUGCAAAGAAGGGCAUUUACCUGAUCAAGAACUUGAAGCAGCAAAGAACAUGGAAUUUGAACCUCAAACCUACUUCUCUUUUACUGAGCUUUUGGCAUCUGCGGAUGACAUGACUGGAGAUAUGAUGGAGCCACAAGAUGUCCCCGUCACCUUGAGUGAUUAUGGAACCACUUACUCUGAUAGGACAUGCCAUAAUUUAUCUGUGAAGAAUGAAAUUACGGUGAAAGAGGAAUUUAUUUUUGAUGAGUUUGAAUGCGAAAAAUGCAAACUUUGUAUCCCCUCUCCAGAUCUCAUCUGUGAGAUUUGUGGGCUCUGUAUACAUUCUCAUUGCUCUCCUUGGGUUGAGGAGGUUAUUGAGAUUUCAACUGGCUCCAAAUGGAGAUGUGGAAACUGUCGGGAAUGGAGAUAAUCUGAAGUAUGUUGUUAACUUGCUUUUUGAGAUUGGGAAAACUAUAUAUAUUCUGAUUUUGACAUGAGAGACAGAUAUUCUGUCAAACUGAACUUCAUUUCCGAUGGCCCUGGUCGAAAGCAUUACUAACGAUGAGGUUAAGUCUGCACAUAUUGGAAAAAAUAUAUCUGGAUUGAUUUGUGCCAAAGCAGAAGAAAUUGCUACUAGGCUUCUUCAAAAUCUUUAUUUAUUGUGUUUACUUGUAAAUAUUGAAGUUCUAUAGAUUGGCAACCUAACAAUAUGGUUGCUUUGGCUGUUGUACCACAAAUGUUGGAUGUUCUAUUGAGCAAAGACAUAUGAGGCAGCUAUUAAAUUUUGACGAGUUUUUGUUUUCUGGAGUAGAUUUUUUAUGGAUUUAAG